CUCUUUGGAAUCCGAUUAGGCGCUGUCAUGGUGACCGGCAUAAUCUUAGCCACCAUGUUCUGGAAGCUUGAUAAUUCCCCAAAAGGCAUUCAAGAAAGACUUGGGUUUUUCGCCUUUGCUAUGUCAACAAUAUUCUACACUUGUGCAGAGGCCAUUCCAGUCUUUCUUCAAGAACGAUACAUCUUCAUGAGAGAGACUGCUUAUAAUGCAUAUCGCCGUUCAUCAUAUGUUCUUGCUCACUCUAUCAUCUCCAUUCCUUCUUUACUAUUCCUUUCAUUUUCAUUUUCUGCAAUUACCUUCUGGGCUGUGGGUCUCUCCGGCGGGUUUUCCGGGUACUUGUUCUUCUUCUUCUUCACUUUCGCCUCGUUCUGGGCCGGAAGCUCCUUCGUGACAUUCCUUUCUGGUAUUGUCUCUCAUGUGAUGUUGGGUUACACUGUUGUGGUCGCCAUUUUAGCCUACUUUCUCCUCUUCAGUGGCUUCUUCAUCAGCAGAGAUCGAAUCCCUCCUUACUGGCUAUGGUUCCAUUAUGCUUCUCUAGUAAAGUAUCCGUACCAAGGAGUGUUGCAAAACGAGUUUGAUGAUCCGGCCAAGUGUUUUGUCAGGGGAAUUCAGGUAUUCGAUAAUUCGCCAUUAGGGGCUGUUCCCAACUCGGUAAAGCUUCAGCUAUUGAAGACGAUGAGCCAUACUUUGGGCACCAACAUUACUAGCUCGACAUGCCUGACCACAGGACUGGAUAUACUGAAGCAAACUGGGGUGACUGAUAUAAACAAAUGGGGUUGCUUGUGGAUCACUGUUGCUUUGGGGUUUUUCUUCAGACUUAUGUUUUACUUUACUUUGUUGUUUGGAAGCAAGAACAAGAGGAGGUAAUUAGGUGAAGAUUGAUUGUGGGUUUUUG